UUCUCCGUCUUAUGAUAUAAGAAUAUUCUUUAUACUAUUUUUUACAUUAUUAUAGUGUCAAAAACACUCGUACAUUAUAGGACGAAGGGAGUAGAUAGAUAGAAAAAUGGAUGCAGCGUUACAUACUUGCAGGCUACUAUUUGGUGAACAAGUCAGUAGCUCCGAAUGAUCAAGUUGAGAGUGAUCGAGACAGACUCACACGUCCAAGUUCCCAUUGCAAUGGGAAUAGAAAUAAAUCCUACGCUGCAUAUUGUAGGUAUAUCCAUAUGCUUGGAGACACCAAGAGCUGCACAACAUCGGCCAGUUAAUUCUUCCUCAGAUGCGUGUCAAACUGUCCAUUAGCGCUAUCUGGUCACAGCUUGCUGUUCUACAAUGUGCAUCCAUCGUCCUUGGUUUCUCAAACUCUCCAUCACAUCACUAGACCACCUCUUCUGUAUAAAUUGAAAACACAGCAAGUCGCUCCACAUCCUCACCACGUCUCGCAGCCACCCAUAGCCUCCGUCAAGCAAUCGCUUUGCACAUCUAAAUUGUUUGCUUAGCUUGCAGCUACGUUCAUUUUCAAUGGCGUCCAUCAACCGCUACUCCUCCUUGGUGUUGGUGGUGGUUGCACUUGCCUCGGCGCCGUUGGCCGCCGUGGCCGGCGACCCCGACAUCCUCACUGACUUCGUCGUGCCCACCUCCAUGAUCGGCAUGCCACCGAUGAACAUCACCGCCGACUUCUUCACCUACACCGGCUUGGGCGCCGCCAUGAACAUGACCACGCCAGGGACGCAGAACUUCACGGUGACCAAGGCCACCAUGAUGGAAUUCCCUGCGCUCAACGGGCAGAGCGUGGCCUACGCCAUGCUCAAGUUCCCCUCCGAAUCAGUCAACCCGCCGCACACACACCCGCGCGCCGCCGAGCUGCUGCUCGUCCUUGACGGUGCGCUCUCCGUCGGCUUCGUCGACACGGCCGGCAAGCUCUACACGCAGGACCUGGCUGCCGGCGACAUGUUCGUGUUCCCCAAGGGCCUGGUCCACUACCAGUCCAACCCGGGGCAAAGCCACGCCGUCGCGCUCUCCGCAUUCGGCAGUUCCGCGCCAGGCACCGUGUCCGUGCCCGUCACCGUGUUCGGCACCGGCGUUGAUGACGCUGUGCUCGCCAAGUCAUUCAAGACCGACCUGCCCACCGUGCAGAAGCUCAAGGCGGCGCUCACUCCACCUCCCAAGAAGUGAUCCAUGUGAGGUUUCUCAGUGUAUCCACGCCGCCAUGAACUAAUAAGGCUAUGAGCUUGUGAGUGAUGAUGGAAUAAUACGCUUGUUGUGAAUCCUAUAUAUAUUCAAAUCAGAAAAAAAAGUUAGGACAUGUUGUAUUUUUGUGAAUAGAGGGAGUAUGAGUUUUCUUCCGUACCAAUACCGAGAUGUCGUGAGGGAAUAGUUUCUAUCAAGAAGAAACAUAUUUUCCUGAAAAGGAACAUUUUAAUGAAAACAUGACAUUUCGAACGAAUAUGGAACAUUAUCUUUAUGACGAAGAAACUAUUUUAUCAACGGAACAAAGCACUUUUUCCAAAGUAGUAAUCCUCAAAAGAUGCACGAUAUUCCAUCGUGCUAGUAGGCCGUCCAUAUAUGAUUCGGCCAAGCAGAUCUCCAUCAUGGUUCGAAAAAAGUUCUAGAAUUAAUGCCUUUCUGAAACCUGUCC